CUAAUCCACGUGAAAGAGCUCAAGUCAAAAAUUAUUAUUUACAAAAUCAACAUAUUUACCUUAAAGAGGAUAAUAGAUUAGUUAUUCCUAGAAAUAAGAAACUCAUUACAAAAAUUUUACAAGAAAACUAUAACAAUCCUAUUUCAG